UGAAAACACAUCAGCUGAGGUUAAUUUAUUCAACAAAUACGCAAUAGGCUGCAUCCUAUUACCUACUUAUCAUUGGACAUUCAGUAACUUGUGUCAUUAUGACCACACCUGCUUCAGAACAUGUUUUAAAAAAAAAUACAUUAAAUAAUCUCUGCCCUUUGUCUUUGCAGUGGGAAUAUAGCCCCGUAUACCACCCACCGCCGUACUUAAAAUACAUCGACGUGAAAAAUUACACGACGAGCAUCCCAACCACAGCCGAUCCGGUCCAUACAGAAAUUCAAUCCCUCCAGGAGGUGCUAGCGUGGCCUUCGCCUCAAACGAAUUACACCUUUGCCACGUCCACGAGCGCAGUGAACAGCUUCUUCAAGGUUUUAAACAAGGGAAAGCUCCACGUGGGCGACACCCUCCGAAUUGCCAUCCACGCCAUGGACCACAACAACGACAGCAAGAGGUAUGGCGGCGACUACUUCCGAUUCAAAAUCUACUCCAGCAAGCUGAAAGCGGGCGCCUUCGGCUCUGUCCGCGACCUCGAGAACGGGCAGUACGCGGGGAACGUCACCCUGUUCUGGGCCGGCGAUGUCCAGAUCGACGUCAAGCUCAUCCACUCGAGCGAGACGGUGGAGCUGCUGAGGAGGCUGCGCGACUCCGCGCCAGACAAGGUGUACUUCUACGGCUACUUCGAGCAGAGCGGGGCGGCGAGCGAGAGGACCGUGUGUAACAUGUUCAAGCCGGCGGACGGCAACAUGGAGACCUGCGAGUAUCCCGAUCGGGCGACGGGGGAGGUGUGGUUCUGCGUGAAGCCCAAAAUCCUGUCGUGCGAAAGCCUUCGCUAUCACUCCAUGGGAAGUAUCAAAACGGUGACAACAAACAAAGACUCGCCCUUCCUCAGAUCUGGAUUGGGGUUAUGCAAACCAGGACUUCCAGUUGUUACACCCAGUGGCUACUACAUCAAUGACAAGUGGGUUUCACUGGUCUGCAAAGCACGGGACUUCAGUCUGCCUGCAAACAUGUCCGCGUGCCUAAGUGGAAAGACCGUCUACAUGUAUGGCGAUUCCACCAUGAGGCAGUGGUGGGAAUAUUUCACCAGCGCAAUUCCAGCAGAUAAUGCAGAGCGAUUAAAAAAAACGUUCCUAUUUAAGUGCAUCGCUACGUUGCCGUUCUUUUCCGAGCUGUCGUGCCAUUUUUUUUCCUCCCCUUGCCUUUGCGAAGGCAUGCAGAUCAUCGACGUGCAUUCGCCAAAACAAAUGGGUCCUCUCCUGGCCACGGGGAUGGGCGGCAAGACAUUCCUGUCCUAUCGCUGUCACGGCUUCCCGCUGCGGUCCCAGAAAGGAUCCUUCGCCGCCAUGCACUACAUCGCCAACGAGCUCGAUGGUAUUCCUGGUGGCAAGGACACGGUCGUGGCUUUCACCCUGUGGGCUCACUUCACAUCAUACCCCGUGAUCUUCUACGUCAAACGCAUCCGCAACAUCCGUGCUUCCAUCGUUCGCCUGCUGGCUCGUUCGCCUGAGACCCUGGUCAUCAUUAAGACGGCCAACACCAGCUACAAGUCGAUCAUCGGAAGCGACUGGCUGGCCAAGCAGCUCGACCAAGUCAUGCGGCAAAUGAUGGCGGGUUUGCAAGUCGUCAUUGUGGACGUCUGGGACAUGACCGCGGCCCACCGUUUCCCAGAUCAGAUUCACCCACCCGCCCUGAUCAUCAUGAAUGAAAUUAGCCUCGUCCUGUCGUACUUGUGCCCGAAGUGAGGUCAAGAAAGCUCACAGCUUGUCGGGGGGGGUUCUCUUUGUGGAUCUUCACAUCCACGGCUCUUCCUCAACGGGGGCGUAAAAACUCCAGUCCUCCGAUUAGCACGGUUGGCCACGUACGAUGCGAAACAAGUUCAACAUAUAUGUACAAAAUGAAGAUAGGUGGAACCCAUGGAGGAGAGAAGCUUUUAGCUGUAUGACUUCCCAAAUCGACUAAAUAUUCGCGGACUUUAUCAGUUGUCGCAGACUAUGGGGGCACCGAUCACAUCGGAAUUCGAAAAAACGAAGUGCAUUACGACCACACGACAAUAUUACAAAAAUGCGUAACCUGUCGGGCUGCCGUUGAGAAUGCAACCAUCGCCAACCGCAAACUCACGAUUUGCGGAGGGUGGAUAAGAGCAGUUUGAAUGCACCAGCGUAUGGUUUUGCGGUCGUGCCGUACAUAUGUACGUUGAACUUCUUCCGCACCGCACGUAGCCAAGCUGUACUAAGUAAAGAGGCGUGCUGUGCGGCUCUCCAUUGCGUUUUCGGGUUGUGCUACCCGCGUGUCGUCACGGCGUGAAGCUCCCAACACGUGGAGUGAAUCGCCGUGCACAAUGACACACGCAGGACAGCUAGAAACACACAUCGGAGAGCUCGAAUGCUUUAUUUGGUGGGCUCGAUACUUGGAAGGAUAAUUAUUUUAGUAAAAAAAAAUAAUGUUUCAUUAUUUUAGUUAAAAAAUCAUGUUUAUU